UCUGCUUCCGCUGCCUCCGCUUCCGCUGCUGCUUCCGCUUCCGCUGCCUCCGCUUCCGCUUCCGGGGGCGGGCGCCAUGGCGGUGCUGGCCUCCAACCCCAACAACCCCGUGGUCUUCUUCGACGUCUCCAUCGGCGGGCAGGAGGUCGGCCGCAUGAAAAUCGAGCUGUUUGCCGACGUGGUGCCCAAAACGGCGGAGAAUUUCAGGCAGUUUUGUACGGGUGAAUUCAGAAAAGACGGUGUCCCUAUAGGCUAUAAAGGAAGCACUUUCCACAGGGUAAUAAAGGAUUUCAUGAUCCAAGGAGGUGACUUCGUAAACGGAGACGGCACUGGAGUAGCCAGUAUAUAUCGGGGUCCUUUUGCAGAUGAGAACUUCAAGCUCAAACACUCCGCUCCUGGUCUGCUGUCUAUGGCAAACAGUGGUCCAAGCACGAAUGGCUGUCAGUUUUUCAUUACGUGCUCCAAAUGCGACUGGUUGGAUGGGAAACACGUCGUGUUUGGUAAAAUCAUUGAUGGGCUGUUGGUCAUGAGAAAAAUUGAAAAUGUGCCUACGGGUCCAAAUAACAAACCCAAGCUGCCGGUUGUGAUCUCUCAGUGUGGGGAAAUGUAAAGAAAUGAAAGAGAAGUGUGUGUUCCUCUGCUGGCGGUGAGGCGUGUGCUGGCUCGGAGCGGUUCCGGUUCUCCCACUGCCCCAGUCUUCUCCGCAGGCUAGAUCCGCGUUCUUGACAUUCUCCUGAAAAUAUUUAAUAAUUGGCAUCUAUCAUGCUUCUUUGGGUUUUUUUUUUUACAUGUUGAAAUGUAAAUAAAGGAUUUUGUUAAACAUG